UUUUUUUAGUCCUGUGUAAGUCCUACCAAUAACUCUUGUCACUUUACAGUUGUUUAUAGAUCUGUACACAUUAUGUACCAGACUUAAACACUGGUACCAAUCCAGCUAACUCUCUCUUUUCUCCCUAUGGGAUUGCAUUUUCUCGGUACAUUAUUUUGUUCAUGUGUCUUAAGUUUUUCUUUCUUGUUUUGUGUUCAGUGAUGCAGGGAUUCAUGAUCGUGUUGUGAUCCAGGAACUUAUCAAGACUGUCGCUCAAUCACACCAGCUAGAAUCAUCAACACAGAAAGAAUUUAAAGUGGUAGUGUUGACAGAAGUGGACAGACUUACAAAGGAUGCCCAACACUCUUUGCGUAGGACUAUGGAGAAGUACACAGCAACAUGUCGACUAAUCCUGUGUUGUAACUCAACAAGCAAAGUUAUUCCAGCCAUUCGCAGCCGUUGUUUAGGAGUCAGGGUUGCAGCACCUACAGUCGAGGAGAUUAGUCAAAUAUUGCACAAUGUUUGUAAAAAGGAGGGCCUUAGUCUUCCAGCAGAACUUUCCAAGAGAAUUGCUGAGAAAUCCAACAGGAAUUUACGAAGGGCCUUGCUGAUGUGUGAAGCUUGCAGAGUUCAACAAUACCCAUUCACACCUGACCAACCUGUUCAAGAGGCAGACUGGGAAGUAUAUUUAAGAGAAACAGCACAGCAGAUUGUCGAGCAACAAACACCCAAAAGGUUGCUGGAAAUAAGAAGUAGACUCUAUGAACUCCUGACCCACUGUAUUCCACCCGAUAUCAUACUAAAGGGUUUGAUAACUGAACUGGUGACCAACUGUGAUGGCAGUCUGAAGACUGAAGUAACAAACAUGGCUGCUCACUAUGAACAUCGUGUUCACCAAGGAAACAAAGCCAUCUACCAUCUUGAAGCGUUUGUAGCCAAGUUUAUGAGUAUCUACAAGCGGUUCCUGGAGGAAGGGAUGGCCGAGUUCUUCUAAGAGAACAGAUUAGCUUUUGGUGACAUUUGAAUUGGUAAAACCACAGCUUGCCGAAGUAACGGCUGUACAUUGUAAUGAGGCGGAGGAAAAGUAUGAAGCAAUAAACGAACAGUUUGGACUUAAA